CUUUUAUUUUGAUUGAUGCUACAGAAACGCUUCCAUAUGCAGAAACUAUGUCCUUGACUUUGACAGGUUUUUGGAUGUAUGUAGGCUGAAAAACUCAUCAUUGUUAAACGAGCUCUGGGAACUCUCUAAAACAGAUCAAAUAAAUCCUUUUUUAGAGAAGAAAUGUCUCCAACAGCGUUCAGACUGGUUGCAGGCAGGAAGAAGAAAGUCUUUAGCUCGCAGCGACGCGGCGGACCGACAUGACCGAGGCGGACUUAUACUUCCUGUACCGGGGGGUCUACGUACCGAAACUGAUCCACACCGAGGCGAGCCUGGACUACUUCCAGAACUUUACCUUCCGCCCUCAGGAUGUUCUGAUUGUCACCUAUCCGAAAUCAGGUACGACUUGGAUGCAGGAGGUGGUCCCUCUGAUCGUCAGUGGAGGGGACCCUGCCUCUGUGGAGACCAUUCCCAACUGGGACCGGGUUCCAUGGCUGGAGGAGGUCCGAGCUUCCAUACUGAACCUGGAGGGGAGGCCGUCUCCACGCAUGCUCACCACUCACUUCCACUACAGCAUGAUGCCCCCGUCCUUCUUCAAGGCUAAACCAAAGGUGAUCUACGUCAUGAGAAACCCAAAAGACGUCUUUACAUCCAUCUUCCACUAUUCCAAGAUGGCCUCCUUCCUGGUGACUCCUGACUCUCAGUCAGAGUUCCUCCAAAAGUUCCUUGAUGGAAAAGUUAUCUUUGGAUCCUGGUUCGAUCACGUAAGCGGGUGGCUGAACGCUGAUGACAAGGACAGGAUCAUGUACAUCUCCUAUGAGGAGAUGAUUAUGGACCUGAAAGACUCGGUGGCGAGAAUCUCUCAGUUCCUGGAAAAGACUUUGGAUGACGAGGUGAUCAGCAAAAUAGCAGACCGAUCUCUGUUCAAGAACAUGAAACAGAACAACAUGUCCAACUAUUCGGCGGUUCCUAAAGAGUUUAUGGACCAGACCAAGUCUCAGUUCCUCAGGAAAGGAAUAUCCGGAGACUGGAAAAACCAGCUGACAGCAGCAGAAGCUGAUCACUUUGAUGCCGUUUACAGGGACAAAAUCAAAGAUGUUCAACAUAAAUUUGUUUGGGAUUAAAGCCGCUGCUCUUCCCCAAUGCAGGAAAACAUCCACCAUAGACUCAAAGGGCUGACGUAAUGUCCUUCUGGUUAUUGUUUAAUAGAUGGGGUUACACCAUGUGUGAAAAAGGGUUCCUCCUGCUGUGAAGACAUUUUGACAGAAAAACAGCCACAUCUCAGUGAUCUGAAGAAAAAGGAAGCUUUUCUAAAUAUUUCUGCAGGGUUUGCUCUGAUGUCAGGAAGCGUGCUCUUCAUCUGCACAUCUUUGCACAUGUGUACGUUUGACACAACCGGAGGAAGUGAGGAGUUUGCGUGUUCUGAAUGUGACCAUAGUGGAAAUGGAAGAGAAGUUCAAAGUGAGGCAACCGUCUUGAGUCAUCCCCAGAGAGGUUUCUGUGUAGCAGACAAAAAAACGUCUCUUACCUCUUCAGAGCUGCGUCCUCAGACGUGGAUGUGGUCGUUCUGCACACCAGCGCCGUUUGACUGUGAGAUUAAAGACUUAGCUCCCACAUUUCCCCAAUUCUUUAUGCAAAUAUUCUGCAUUAUUUCAAUAUUUUCCUUACAAUCAGACAAAGGUUUUCAAGAAAGACUAAUAAAUGAGGACAUGUCUCCA